AUAUGGAUACCAUAACGUCAACAAAACUUACCAAAUUUCCAACACCAUUUACCAUAGAAAGUUUAAUAGCCAACCACCACCAACAUGCCGCCACAAAAACUUCAGAUGAUUCUAUGAAUUCGGUGGAAGUUUCGGAGGAAUUGAGUGCCCGCGCUAUGGUGGCUUCAUCGGCCUUAGGUUUAACCAAUUUCCCCCUCUAUAAUCCCUGGCUACAUGGCUACUUUGCCCAAAAUCAUGAUCGAAUUACACAACUCUUUGCCAAUGGCGGUGAAUACAAUAUGCCUCUUAACCUGCUGACAAAAGAACCACCAAGUGCCAACGAAAACUUAGGAAAUAGCAAUUUACCACUAACACCCAAUUCCCAAACUUUAAAUCUAUCAAAAUCCUCUAGUGAUGCAGAAACUCGACUACAGUCACGUUUGUUAUUUAAUCCCAACUUUGGUUUAAGCAUUGGCUCGACCUCCAAUAACGUUUCAGCGGUCCACACAAUCUCACCGCCCAUGUCGGUCAAUGAAGCUCUGCUGCAUCAAUCUGCCCUGGCCGCCAGCGAUUUAAAUUCACGCCAACGUCUUGCUGAAAUAAUGGCCGCUAGCGGUUUAAGUGAUAAUGUACAAAAUCUAAGUAUGGCUAAUCGUUUUGCCCAGAAUAUGGGUAAAGUGUUAACAGAUGCCGCCGCCUUAACCUCUAACACCGUUCCACCGUCUUUGUUUAGCCACCACGUAACGGCAAAUUCACUACAAGAAUCGUUGUCGAAUAGUGCCAGUGUGAAGAAUCAUUCGGAGGCAUCGUUGGAUGUUGGUGGCAUGGAAACUGAUUAUGAUUGUAGCGGCGAUUCUUGCAGUGAUAUAAGUUUGACAAUGUCACCAAAGAAUUACAGGACUGAAAUGGAUAAAAAUCAAGCAUACCCUCACUCAGAUAGCGAAGACUGCUCUGAUGACGAUGGUAAUUCGGCGGGUAAUAAAGACUCCAGCAAUAGCAGUGGUCAAAAUUCAAAAUCCCGACGGAGAAGAACCGCAUUUACAUCCGAGCAACUACUAGAACUGGAAAGAGAAUUUCAUGCAAAGAAAUAUUUAAGUCUGACCGAAAGAAGUCAAAUUGCCACUAGUCUGAAAUUAAGUGAAGUUCAAGUGAAAAUUUGGUUUCAAAAUCGUCGCGCCAAAUGGAAACGCGUCAAAGCCGGACUUUCCUCACACGGUUUGGGUCGCAAUGGCGCGACAGGCACGAAAAUCGUGGUACCCAUACCAGUGCAUGUCAAUCGUUUUGCCGUGCGCUCACAGCACCAACAAAUGGAGAAAAUGUGCCUGAGCGGUCCUAAGCCAGAUCUACGCAAAAAGAUUACCUCCGACACAAGUGGUUUUGAGAAGUUUAGCGGCAGUUUAAGUGUCACGAACGCUCCUAAUACGGUAAAUAAUACACCUGCGGCAGCAUUAAUGGCAGCGGCGGCAGCUAAUUUAACGGCUGCCACCAGCGCCGUAACGGGCACACUAGCGUUGGCACGUAGUAGUAUCUAUUAAUCAUUUAUUUAUUAGAUUAAAUUAUAUUCAUAUUACUAUUAUUAUAAAUACCUAUUUACAUUUUAAUUUUCACUUGCGAGUAUCUACUAUAAUACUAUAUUGUAUAUUGAUUGUACUUAAUAAUGUA